AAGCCCUCGCCUUUGUCGAGCAGAAACUGGUUUUUCCCCUUGCACCCUUUCUGCCCUAAUCUUCUUCUUCCUUUCACUCCUCUUUCUUCAAUCAAUUUCAAGAAAAUCCCUUCGAAUUUGGUUUCUUGUCUCCAUUUUCUCUCUCUAAACCCAAAAAGAGAGGGAAAAGAUGAGAGUUCUCUGUGUUGUAUCAUGAUGAUUUUGACCUUAUGAUUAUACCAUCUUCGAAAUCUCUAUCAAAAAGUAGAUUUCUUGGUUAUAAUUCCUGUUAAAAUGCCCCCCAAUGAUCUCUAAUGUCUAGAUUCUGUACAUAAUCAUAAUCUUUGGCCUUUCCUCUUCAAGAUCCCCUCACCAUGUCCGACGAACAACCCUCAUCGCCACCGAUCCCUUCCGACGAUGAAAUCAAGAACAAUAACAAUCAAACAAACGGCAACAACGUUGUAGUGAGGAGAGAAAGGCCGUCACGUGCAUGUACUGCUCGCUCCGCUGCUCGCCUUUACGAAGCUGCGGCAGCGGAGGCGGCGGCUGUCGCCGCCGUACGGAAGAAGAAGCCACGGCGGAGACCUUCUCGGCGAGAAAUGGAGGAGGAGGAUGAAGAAGAAGAGGAGGAGCCACCGCCGUCUCCGCCCAACCCGUAUAGCAAGAUUGUGACGCCGUUGGUGGCGGAGCCGCCGCCGUCACUGUUGCCACGGUGGAAUAUUAGGUCUAUGUGGGAACUGGCCUCAAUUCUUAACUUCUUAAAUGUUUUUAGGGAUCUUUUGAAUAUUAAAGCUGAAUUCUCAGUUGAAGAGCUCGAAACAGCUUUGAUUUCGCCGAAUAAUACUUUGGGUGAAAUACAUAUUCCUUUGUUGAAGGCAAUACCUCCGGUUACUCGGAUGGCGUUAGGACAAAACACAUGGGUUACGGUUCUAUGCCGAAAGCUAAGAGAUUGGUGGCAUUGGGUUUCAGAGGGGGAGUUACCUAUAGUUGCCUCACAUGGGGCUGAAAUUGAUGCAUACAACACACUUGAUCCUGGUGUUCGUGUCGUCAUACUGAAAGCCUUAUGUGAUAUCCGUGUCGAGCAAGAUGACAUCCGGAGCUAUAUAGACGACUCUAUAAAACACGGUGUUCCUCUUUCUGCAUUUCGUAAAGAACGUACAGGUGGUGAUUCACAUGGAGUUUCUUACUGGUAUGAAGAUGAUCCUAACAUCGGACAGAGGUUGUACCGCGAAAUUAGGAAAGUGGAGGUCAAGAAAGGGAAGGGGAAAAACGUACAAUCUGUUUCAUCCUAUCAAUGGGAAACCGUCUCGACUAAUUUGGAUGAGUUUCAAGACGUUUCCGAAAAGCUAUUUACUAGCAAAAACCGAACCGAGGCUUCACUCGGGAAAAAACUAAAAAAUGACAUGCUUCCGGAGAUUGAGAAGGUCCAAAAGAGGAAAGAGAAAUUGCUAAAGAAACAACACCGACAAGCGAUUCUUCUCGACGGCAUGGUCGUUGAUGGGCUAGGUCCGGGCCGAUCCCUUCGUGGUAGAAAACAAGUUUCCUACACUUUCGAUGAUUAUGACCGAUCAAUCAACGAGGCGAUCAAGAUAACCAAAAGGAAGCAACCGUCGCCGGAACCUAGUGUGAGAAGAGAAGGUUUGAGGCAAGACGCUUCUGUAAAUGGUAGAUGGGGUGCUUCCACACCAUUGCAUAAUUCUCAUAAUGCCUCCUUCACUCCGCCAUCUCCAGAUUCACUCAACGAUGAUGUAAGCGAUGAGGAUCGUAAAUCCGAACAGUUGGACCGCAGCAAUCGGAGGCGGCAGAGGCCGCAACGUUAUUCGGCACGAGAGUUUGUGGAAGCAGUUUCCGACAACGAGGCAGACAUGGAUACCGAUGAUGAUGAUGAUGAUGAUGAUGAUAUUGUCGGUGAAGCUGUGUACGAUGAAGAGUAUUUAAAGAGACGAAAAGAGAGGAGGAAGAUGUCGAGUAGUUCAGAAGGAGAUGAGGAGUAUCGGUGGGAUGGCGAUAACGCUGAAGAUGAAGAAGAUGAAGACGAAGGAGACGAGUCGUUAAGUGCAAGUGAAGAAAGCGACGACAGCCCACGAAGAAUCAAGAAGUUACCAGGCCGAACCCGGCGUGAAACGAAGCUCAGAUCGGUUGCGGAAUUCAAGUCGGGUCCGAGACGCAGUCGACGGGCCACUCGGAACCGGAUAGAUUACAAGCAAUAUGAAUUCUCGGAUACCGAACCGGAAUCAACGAAGGCCGAGACGUCCAGUAGUUCAGAUAAACACACAGAAGCAAGCGAGAAAUCAGAUAAAUCCGGGUUUUCAAUGGGAAGCAGCGAGGAUUCCGAAGUCCCCAAUAACGAUAACGAAAACGACGAUGAUAAUGAUAAUUAUACCGAAGAAAUGAAGAUCGUCGAACCCGUUAUUCAAGAAAACCCGAAGAUUGAAGAGGAAGAACAAAAGAUGAAGUUAGACGACAGCCCGGUUGAAGAGGAGUUCGAAAACGGUGCACAAAAACGGAGGUUUCUCGAUCUAAACGAGCUUGCACCUGGUUCAGGGUUUGAAGACGGUCCGAUGAAGGAUGAUGAUGCAGAUAACUUCGGAAUGUGAAUCAGUGAGUCAUUUUUUAAGCAAGCCUGUUUCAUACCGAGUGAAUCGGUGAGUCAUGUUUGAGUCGGGACCUGAGGCUGUUGCUUUAGAUGUGGGUUUCAUUUGAUCGUGAUGGUUAUAUCAGAGCAUUUAGAAAAGCCAAUUUGUUUGUUGUACUAAUUUCUUGCAUUUCAUCCUUCACAUGACAUUAUGUUUAGAAUGUUUUGAUAUGGGUAGUUUAGUAAUUUACUUAUUUUUAUUAGAUCUUUUGUAACUUUAUUCCACCCAGAAGUGGUCCUGAGAGGGAAAGGUAACUAUUCAACUUAUUUUCGUAAGUAGAUUUUUUUUGUAUGAA